AUGAAAUGUCAACAUCAGAGUAAUAUUGGAUCUGUACAAGACCGAUCACUUUUUUCUGCCGUGACUAGGGUACUUUCAGUUCUGCUUGUUUGGCUCACAACAUCACUUUAUGCAUUUACUCUACCAGAAAUCGGAGACCAUACAAUGGCUGUUCAGCUCCAAUACGAAAAUCGCAUCGGAACUUACCUUUACCAAACUACUAUGGCCAACUACAUUCAGGAGAUUGCGAGUGCAAAAGAAGCUAGAGGAGGAACAGAAGUACCUGAUGUCGAGACGGGAUUGGUGGAAUACGCAAGUACAAAACUUGCAGAAGGCGUUUCGGGUGAGUUUAUUCCACCUUGCCUAUUACGAAGACAUGACAUCAAAAAAUCUGAGGCACGCAAAAUCGCCAUAGCUCUGGAACCAAGCGUGGAUGGCUUGAAGAUGGAAAGAACAAAUAUUAGAAUAUUGUUCUUUUAUAGACCAACUAUUAAAAGUAAAUCAGAGAUCGAUGUUGAACUAGACAUCCAAUAUGAUAAUAAUUUCGGAUCCAUGAUGAAAAAUGAAGAGGAUGUGACCCAACUCUACGAACCUCUAUCUGCUAUGAGAAGUUUUGGGCAAGUAGUUCCGUCAGAUCCAUCAUCAUCACCUCCAUCGCCAUCUCCUCCAUCAUCUUUUCCAAGGAAGAAUGUUUGA